CAGGUUAUGUUAUGUCUGCCGAAUCAAAAACAUAACCUAUUAUUUACAAAGUAAAUAAAAUAAUGUGUUUAUAGCUAAUAAACAGCUAGCAAACGAAUUAUUUAACAAAAAUGUCACAAGCACAGCUUCUAACAUGCCUAUCAAGGCUGCAUAUAACACCAAAGGACUCGAUUUAUUUACGUAAUUGCACACAGAUCUUAGUUCGAAAUAAAUCAUCAAAUACUAAACAAAAGACGGCUUCUUCUGUGUAUAGGUCUAUGAAUAUAUUCGAUAGGAAGGUAAAGGCGAUACAGAGGGAGAGAUCAGCGCAGAGGGAGGAUUAUCACUUAGCCGAAUUCAUUAGGGAAGAAGUUGGCUGGAGGACGGCCGAUCGUGUAUUUGAUAUAAAACGAACGUUUAAAAAUGCUGUGGAACUUGGAGCCAGUCGCGGCUACGUCUCUCGACACUUCUUGCCUGACAGCGUAGAGAAAGUGACACUAUGUGACACAUCACAAACACAUUUAGACAAAGCAAUUGUCGGUGAUGGUGUGAAGGUCGAGAAGAGGGUCAUGGAUGAAGAGAAUAUUGAUCUUCCAGAGAAUAGUGUGGACCUCCUAGUCUCGUCACUGGCCCUGCACUGGGUGAAUGAUCUUCCUACAUGCUUCGACCAGGUCAUGAAGUGCUUAAAACCUGAUGGGGUGUUCAUGGCAUGUGUCUUCGGCGGUGAUACGCUCAUGGAGUUGCGUCAGGCCCUUCAGUUGGCUGAGAGCGAGCGCAGUGGGGGGAUCUCUCCCCAUAUAUCCCCCUUUACAAGGAUCAGGGAUAUAGGGGGACUACUUAAUGCGAGUGGCUUCACCCUGCAGACAGUGGAUGUAGAUCCCGUCGUAGUCUGGUACCCCUCGAUGUGGGAGGUGAUGAAGGAUGUGAGGACCCUGGGAGAGAACAACGCGGCUUACAACCGGCCGCUGAGGCUGAACAGGGACGUGCAGUUCGCAGCCGCCGCUAUCUAUGAUGAAAUGUAUGGCAAGGAAAUCCCAGACAGAAAUAUGCGCGGUGUCCCAGCUACGUAUCAAAUAAUUAACUUCCUCGGUUGGAAGCCGGACCCUUCGCAACCGAAGCCGAUGCAAAGAGGAACUGGGCAGGUCUCCCUCAAAGACUUGCACAGGAUCGAUGAGAUCAUAGAAGAUCCCAAGAUUGUCAAACUGACCGAUGAAGAUGUAAAACAUUGAUUAGGUAUUUUUAUGUUGAUAGUUUUACAAUAUGAGAAUAGAUAUAGUUACCGGCAUGGAUCUUGAGCGCUGACCUUGACCUGCGCAGAAGUGAUUGUUUGUGUCCCUUUUGCGGUAUGA